CGGUAGAGGAAAGAGAGAGAAGAGGAGGGAGGGUGUGCGAGGCGGAGAGAUAGAGGGGAUGUAAAAUAGGCAGCUUCAGUGACAGCGUAGACAAAGGUAGCUUCAGAGUGCAUGUGCACCCUCUUUUUCAUUCACACACACACUCUCUCCCCUUCUCUCUUACACACACAUCCUCUCUCUCUUUCUCACUCACUCACUCACAGGGAAACACACACCCUGGAGCAGAAGCGGCAGAGCUGUGGUUGUGAGGCAGAAUGAGAAGUGAUAUCUGUAUUUCCACACAUACAGCUGGCUGAUGGACUAACUUCAUUACAACACACACACACACACCUGCUGUAUACACACUCACUAGCAUACCUUGUUUAUAGGCGGUCAGACACACACACACACAUACACACAUUCACUCGCAAGCUCACACAGUCAGUCUGUGGCCAGAAGUCAACAUGGGUCUUGUGAUGGGAACCUUCUCCAUGCAAACCAAGCAGGUGAACUACCACAAAGAUAAAGCUGACGAUGACCUGGAGAUGACGAUGGUGUGCCAUCGACCAGAGGGCCUGGAUCAGCUAGAAGCUCAAACCAACUUCAGCAAAAGAGAGCUCCAAGUUCUCUACAGGGGCUUCAAGAAUGAGUGUCCGAGUGGUGUAGUAAACGAAGACACCUUCAAGCAGAUAUACUCCCAGUUCUUCCCACAUGGAGGUAGAGUGAGAGCCUGCACUUUAUUUGUGUCUUUACCUGUUUUUGUCUCUGUGUCAAUUCAAACUUUGUCUUAUCCUCUUGCAGACGCCAGCACCUACGCACAUUACCUGUUCAACGCGUUUGACUCAGCAAAUACCGGCUCCAUCAAGUUUGAGGACUUUGUCACAGCUCUGUCCAUCCUGCUGAGGGGCUCCGUCACAGAGAAGCUGCAGUGGACGUUUAACCUCUACGACAUCAACAGAGAUGGAUACAUUAACAAAGAGGAGAUGACAGACAUCGUCAGAGCAAUAUAUGACAUGAUGGGGAAGUACACUUACCCCGUCUUGAAACAUGAUGCACCCAAACAGCAUGUGGAUGCCUUCUUUCAGAAAAUGGACAAAAACAGGGACGGUGUGGUCACUCUGGAUGAAUUCAUUCUUUCUUGUCAAGAGGAUGAAAACAUCAUGAGGUCUCUGCAACUCUUUGAAAACGUCAUCUAGACGACAAAGAAGAGGGCGACGGUGCGAUAUAUGAAAAGCACAGAGCCAGAGAGAAGAGACAAACAAAGAGGAAGAAGGAGAGAUGCCCAUGCACGAGAAAUGGGAACAGCGUAGCUUGCAAUUGAAAUG